AUGAGGGGGGAGCCACCCGCGUACGUGAGUCAAGCGACCGAUCGUGUCAGGUCUCAGGUGCGACCGAUCGUGUCAGGUCUCAGGUCCUUCUCCAUGACGCGAGGUCUGCACUUCAUCGACGUCUUGCUUUCCGUUCAGCAAGAGUACAACCUCACGAAAGACCAUAUCAAGGCUCAGUUGACGAUCAUGCUUGAAGCUGGCACGGACACAUCAUUCAUAGUGCUAGAGUACGCCAUGGUCCGGCUCUUGCAAAACCCCCACCUCAUGGCCACGCUACAAGCCGAGGUGAGGAACACCAUACCCAAGGAAAAAGACAUGGUCACCGAAGACGAUCUCACCGGUUUGGCCUACCUGAAAGCGGUGAUCAAGGAGACGCUCCGGCUCCACAUGCCAGCUCCGCUCCUCGUGCCCCACCUAUCCAUGGCCGGCUGCGACAUCAACGGCUACACCAUACCUUCAGGGACGCGCGUCAUCGUCAAUAGCUGGGCUCUCGCGAGGGAUCCAAGCGGCUGGGAGAGCGCGGGGGAGUUCAUGCCCGAGCGCUUCUUGGAAGGCGGCAGCGCCGCGGCCAUAGACUACAGGGGGAACGACUUCCUCUACCUCCCGUUUGGGGCCGGCCGAAGGAUAUGCCCCGGCAUCAACUUCGCCAUCGUGACCAUCGAGAUCAUGCUGGCGAAUCUCAUGUACCACUUCAACUGGAAGCUACCGUCUGGAUCGGCGCAGGAGGGUGGCAUCAGUAUGGCCGAAUCAUUUGGGAUCACUGUGCACCGCAAGGAGAAGCUCCUCCUUGUUCCUCUCCUGCCGCAAGACUAAUAACUUUGUGCUUCAUGUAAGGUCUUGUGCGUUUUGUGCGCACUAGAUUGAGGACUCUAAAUAGAUUAUCUACUACAUAUCGCAAUAAUAUCGUGCUUUUGGACUUCCUGGUAAGCACAUGUAUAUUAUUGAAUAAAGCUGAAGCAGCCUGUCCUCUCAGCUAGACUGGAGGGGGAAAGCCAGCCUCCAUCAAAUCCUAUGU